CAAUGUCGCCACCUUCGCCUCGUAUCAAUACCUACAUGAAUGUUGCUAAAAUACCUAUAUUAGAUGUAUAUAGUAAAAUUUUUAUCAUAAUCGAGCUAAUUCUCGGUACAAAUCGAUUACUUAUUCUAGGUAUUAAAAAAAAAGUAUACGUCUUACUGCUGUUAACUUACUCUCUCAGUAUUCACAUCGUACUUUUAUACUUUGUAGUGCACAAAUACAAUGAGUACAUAUUUCAAUUGAUUGUGGUGGCAGAUUUUAUUCAGUAUUUAAUGUGCAACGUCCUUGCUUUUAUUUUCCAAGAGAAAUUCCUUAAUUUUUACAUCGAAUUAAAUAAAUUCGACGGGGACAUCGGUUUUAUAGUAAGAAAGGCAGGGAAUCGUAAAAGUAUACAGAACUAUUUUCAAAUUUUCGUUACGAUUGGUCUAAGUUUUACUUUUUACGGUAUUAGUAAUAACUUUGAAAGAAACAAUAUUCCGAUGUUGAUUUUGUUACCAAUGAAAUUUUUACACUGUUUUGAACUGCAUUAUUAUGGUCAUAUGUUUAUUCUUAUUAUUCCAAGGAUCAAGUUAAUUAUUAAUUAUAUAAGAUUUUCGUAUCCUAAUGAAAAAAAUUGCGAACAUGAAGAAACCAGUGGCAGAGAUGAGAAAUUGAACAAUUUUAAAAAACAGAUAAAAAAAUAUUCUAAAAUAGAUAUGAAGAGCUUAAUAAACUAUUACAAUAGAAUUAUAAUUAUAUUUGACUAUUUAUACGAAUCCAUUAAGUGGCAGGUAUUGAUCUUAUUUUACAUGAAAUAA